AUGCGCUCCUUCAUCUUCGUGGCCCUCUUUGCCCUCCUGAUCGUGAUGGCAGCCGCUCAAGGCCGUGGUGGCCGAGGUGGUCGAGGUGGACAGCAGAGAGGACCCCAAGGAGGACAGCAAGGAAGACCUCAGGGUGGCCCAGGAGGCCAAGGAGGCCCAGGAGGCCCAGGAGGUCCUCAGGGUGGACCUGGCGGCCCAUGGGGUCUGCCGCCAAAUGGAACCCUGCCCUGCAACAGCACCACUACCACUACAAGCACCACGGAAGCCACCACCAGCACCACCGAGGCCGCCACCGAGGACUCCUCCUCGGCUUGA